GAGAGGGUGUCUGCAUGUCCGUUCUCAUCUCUUUCAGUAGAAUAAUCAUAUAGAAGCCCGGAUUCGGAGCCCUGGUUGUGCUUCAGGCAAAGUGAGAUUGAUAUAUUCAUCGGUCCGGUAGUGCUCUGGAAGCGUCUCUGCAUUGAAUAAUCUCCAAACGCUGUCGGAAUGGUAUGGUAUAUUUGCAAAAAUUAUAGGAGCUACGAAUGGAUGAAAAACACAGAUAAUCGACAAAUGCUGUAUAAUAUAUAUAUGAACCAAGCAACAGAUCCCUUGAUUUAGCGGUUAAUAACAAACGUUUAAAACGGACGGCAUCAAGGCGCAAAGAGGGAGAAACCGCGGGAACACGAGACAGGGACUUUGUCAAACAUGGAACGGGGCAAACCUGCCACAUACACGGGAGACAAAAAAGCAAAAAUGGCUGCUAAAACCAAUAAAAAGUGGGUGAGACUGGCUACUGUCUUUGCAUAUGUCUUGUCCGUGUCUUUGGCUGCUAUAAUACUGGCCAUUUAUUACAGUUUGAUAUGGAAGCCGACAUCUGCUUCUUCAACUGGACGCUCAGAUAUUUUGGUGACGGCCACAACUAUCCCCAUAAACCCAAAUAAUAUCACUUCGAGUGAUGUCUCAAUCAUGAGCAAGGCAAACAAUGCAUCAGAGGUCAACCUGAGAUCAACACAAACUCCCAAUAGCAGAGGUAAUGUGGGCUUUUCCAAUACCCUUACAACCAAAGCAAAGAAUACUGCUCACACUGGACCUUUUGAAUCAGCGCAAAGACACAUUCACGAACAAACCGGACAUUUAAGUACAGCAAAAGUAAGCCAUACUAGUAUUCUCGUAGCAGGUGCAUCAAGUGAGCCUUCUAUAUCACGAGGAGUCACAGAGGGCACAGAAGACAUGCAUGUUUCACUUGUGGAUAUUGGAACCAUUUCCACAUCUUCAGCCAAACAAGACAUGCAUGACAAUUCAGGGACUGGUGCCGCAGAGAAUCAGCCAUUGGAGUUCAUUCGUACCCAAGAGUCAUACUUGUGGGAUUCAGCAUCUCCAAAUUUCAAUCUAUUUCAACAGCCCACAACUGACCAGACUUCUUGGAAAAGCUACAGUGCAGGACCUGAUAUCUCCUCUUUGACAGAAUAUGAACUGGAAUUAAUGGAGGGCUCCUCUCUGUUGCAAGAGGAGAUGGUUACCAAGGACACAGAGAAUGCAGCAAUUGGUGUGUGAUUCUUUGUGUUCCACAUGAUUAUUUGACAUGGCAAUGACUGUGCAGUGCAAGAAGUAAGAGUCAAGACUCAUUUGUCAUACAUUUUCUUUAUUUUCUCUCUCUCUCUCUUCAAGGGUAGAAACUGUGUUUACCUGCUUUCUAAAGUUCUAUAAUGGUCGUUACAUUAUGGGUUCUGAAAUAGAAUAAUGAUAACUCAUGAGGAACAGCUUACUCAUGAGGUUUUGUUUUUUAAAGUAAUAUGUAAAUGAGGUGUUUCGUCCUUUGAAAGAACUGUGGAAAAUGAGCCAUUCACGCCACCAACAUUGGACUUACAUUCUUCAGUAGCAUUUAUUUAAUUGUGUUUUAGUUGUGAGCAAGUUAAACAAACCUAUUUAAAGGGACAGUUCACCUAAAAAUGAACAUUCUCUCAUCAUCUACUCACCCUCAUGCUAUCCCAGAUGUGUAUGACUUUCUUUCUUCUGCUGAACACAAACAAAGAUUUUUAGAAGAAUAUUUGAGCUCUGUUGGUCCUUACAAAUCAAGUGAAUAGGUACCAAAAUUUUAAAUGCAAGUUAAUGGUGACCAGAACUUUGAAUAGGGAUGGGAAUCGUUAGGAAUUUUACGAUUCUGAUUCCUCUCAACGAUCCCAGCUCCUUCCAGUAAUGAUUCUAGUAGUGCUUUUGAGGAAGAAUGAUUUGAAAAUGAGAAAUGCAAUUCUUAUUGGAUUUACUGUCCUCUGCCAUCAGUUGCCAAAUGAUGAGAUCCUUUAAGAUUCCUUCAGAGCAGAUAUAACAAAUUUAGAAAUACAUUUAAUCAAAUACUUGAAAGUGUUUGCUGCUUUUUAAAGACAUCCAAUCCAAUAAUUGAUCCUAACUAGGCUAUAUCUGGACUGCAUCAAAACAAACAAAAAAUGUGAAGGCAUUUUCAUUCAUUUUAUUUAAAUUUAAAAUUCCUUGUAUUACAAAACUCUUGUAUCUUUAUUUAAAUAUUUUCAUAUGAACAACCAGUCUACUCCUGCACUGCUUGAUUAAAGUCUCACAGGUCUGAAGUCACUUGACACAACAGUAACAGUUCCAGAGACAGUUAAGACUGUAUUCUCUUGUACUUCAAUCUUGUAAAACUUCAACAGUUCUUAUUUAAUUUCGAAUUUGACAUUCAUUACUAGCACAUUAGUGUAAGAUUAAUACUAGACCAGAAGCGAUGUAUGUUUCGCGCUUUAGAUUCAAAAGAAUCGGCUCAUAUGAAUCAUCCUUUCGGAAUCUGACUCUUCCGGGAAGCGCUGUAUGUUUCGCACUGUAGAUUCAAAAGAACCGUCUCAUCGAAAUCGUUCUUUCGGUAAUUGGACCAUACCGGACGUGCUGUCUGUUUUGUGCUGUAGAUUCAACAGAGCCGGCUCAUAACAGUCAUUUGUUUGUGUGUAUUACGCUUUUGACCCAUAGAGAGCAGCGCGGCUGCAGAAAUCCACUGCUAGAAUCACUGUUAAGAGUAUUUCAGUACAGAGUUCCAGCGGAACCGUUUAUGGAACCAAAAGAUUAUCCGAUUCUGUGUUUUGUAAAGAAUGGAACCAUUUCUGAACAAGAACCAGUUCUCAGUUCCCAACCCUACCUUUGAAGCUCCAAAAAUUAUGUAAAGGCCACAUAAAAGUAAUCUGUAAGACUCCAGUGGUUAAAUUCAUACCUUCAGAAGCGAUCAUGAUAGGUGUGGGUGAGAAACAGAUAAAUGAUUAAUGGUCUUUUUUUUUUUUUUUUUUUUACCAUAAAUCUCCACUUUCAAAUUUUUUGUGUCCUUAAUGUGUUUAUUUAGUUGUUGUUGGUUUUUUUUGGGUGGGGGGUGGAGCAUCAAAGGUCUGGUCACCAUUCACUUGCAUUGUAUGGACCAACAGAGCUGAGGUACUCAUCUGAAAACCUUUGUUUGUGUUAAGCAGAAGAAAGUCAUUCACAACAAGGAUGGAAUGAGGGUAAACGAUAAGAGAAUUUUCAUUUUUAGGUGAACUGUCCCUUUAAAAUACUUUGCCUGAGUUGUGCUCAGGGAUGGAAUAUCCUUGAAAACACUGUGCUAACUCACCCAUGAUGAUAUUUAAGAAACAAUCUUUUAUAAAUCAGUGUUUGUUUUGCAAGACAUAUCGCCUAAUAAUGGAAACAUGAUAUGAAUAAACAAAUAUUCUUCAUUCUGUGCAACAAUUUUGUUUGAUGACAAACCAGAUUAAUAUGUGUCUCAUUUAUGUAAUA